AUGGAUACGAUAGAUGACAUUUCUAGCACUUGUGAAAACGAAUACUUAUGUAAACGAGAAGAUAAUAGUGUACUGUGUAGUGCCGAAAGAGACUCUAGUUACGAUUGUGAAUCAGAAACCGAAUAUGAUAGUGAAAACGAAACAAUAGAUAUUUGUGAUAACAGUGAACAAUCAAGCCAUCGGAACACUGAAACCAAAAAUAUUAAAAACGGUAUAAAUCCUUUACUAAAUCCUGAUAAAAGAUGUUUUUUGGAAUCAAGCCGCGUAAUAUUUCCAACUCAUGCUUUGGACAAUCUUAGAAAUCUGUGCAAUAGUAGUGAAUCUUCGCAUAAUAGUUCGAAAGAGUCAGUGAACAGUGUUAUUCACGGUAAAAGUAAAACGUUUCUUAUAGACAGUAUAUUAGGGAAUAAUAAAAGCAAUAGUUCGAAACUUGCUAGUAACAUACGCGCCGAUAGUGGUGACAAUAUCGAGGAGAAUGCUGAUGAACAUAAUGUAUCGUCAACGUCAACGUGUCCAGAUCUGAACGCGCUGAACGACGCCGGAUUGUUGGCUGGCCAUGCGUAUGCGCAUUGGCUGGCCACGCAUCAACCCUCCGCCGCCCUUUAUGAUGACAAGAAUAAUAGACGACCACGUAGAGCCGGACCAGAGAGAAAGCCAAGACAAGCUUACAGCGCGAAACAACUAGAACGAUUGGAAGCCGAGUUUAAAAUCGACAAGUAUCUAAGCGUAUCGAAGAGGAUGGAACUAUCAAAAGCUUUGGGUCUAACUGAGGUACAGAUAAAGACGUGGUUUCAGAACAGAAGGACGAAGUGGAAGAAGCAGUUGACUUCUCGUUUGAAAAUAGCUCAGCGUCAAGGGUUGUUCCCGGGGCAGAUUUUCGGCCACGCCCCGCCGGCUUACUCACUGUUGAAUCCGUACGCGUACACGCCUCUAAGUUGUGUCUUUACACCGGUAACAUUGCCAUCUUCGCCACCUUAGGGAAAGACUGCACAUAGAAUUAAGGCGAAAAAUAUUAAUUCGAAGACAGCAUACUGGUGACAUUAAAGCUACGUCGGUCAGUUUUCAUUUCUUUUGAUAGUGCAUCGUAGCCUCAUUGGUAAAACUGAAAUGUUUCGCUUACAAAUUAGUUUACUCAUACAUAAUUUUAACGGCCCCCUAUUUAGUAAUUCCAGCAACAGUUUUGUUCUGUUUCCAAGUGUUUUAAUAGCGUGUUAACUAUUUUGAUUGCUUCGCGAACUGUACAUAAUUACUUAACUUGCUACUUUUGUCACUGUUGAUCCUAAAUCGGAGGUGUCAAAUAUAACACGCGCAGGAAUAUGUUGUCUUAACGUUAAAGUAGUAAUAAACAUAAAGUUUCGUCACAACACGAAAUUUAAAAGUAAGUAAUAAGCUGGG